AUGAAUCAUAAAAUGAGCAAGCCAUCACUUAAACUUAAUUUGAAACCAUUGGAUUUUGAUGCAGCAACGAAUACUACUAAAGUAAAACAACAUUCCGAUGUACCAGAUAUUAAUCCCAUUCCUCGGCAAGUUUCAUCAGCAAAUAGUCAUCGUGAUCUUAGCACUGGCAAACUUCAUUUAGCAAAAGUUUAUAAAUUUACAUCCAAUGAUUUAAUUGAUCGUGGUAUUAUUGGAGAAGGUAAUUUUGGAAUUGUAUGCAAAAUGGAACAUGAAGAAAGUAACACAUUAAUGGCUGUGAAACGAAUUCGUUCAACUGUUGAUGAACGAUGUCAAAAACAAAUGCUCAAUGAAUUGGAUAUUGUUAUGCGUGACAAUACUUGUCCACAUAUAGUACAAUUCUAUGGUGCUCUCUUUAAAGAGGGUGAUUGUUGGAUUUGUAUGGAAUUAAUGGAUACAUCACUUGAUCGUUUUUAUAAAUAUGUGUAUCAUAAACUGAAUCAAUCAAUACCUGAAAGUGUUCUUGCCUAUAUAACUCUUGCAACUUUACAAGCUCUUGAUUAUAUUAAAUCUCGUUGGCAAAUUAUUCAUCGAGAUGUAAAACCAUCAAAUAUUUUAGUUUCUCGAACAACUAUUAAACUUUGUGAUUUUGGUAUUAGUGGACAAUUAAUUGAUUCAAUUGCUAAAACACGUGAUGCUGGUUGUCGACCAUAUUUACCACCUGAACGUAUUGAUCCAUUAAGAGCUACACGUGAUGGCUAUGAUGUUCGAUCCGACGUAUGGUCACUUGGCAUUACAAUUUAUGAAAUUGCUACUGGUUAUUUUCCAUUUCGAGAAUGGACAUCUGUAUUUGAUCAAUUACAACAAAUUGUUGAAGGUCCUCCAUUACGACUUACUGUUGAUCGUCUUUCAGACAACUGUAAAGAUUUUGUAAAUACAUGUUUAAAUAAAGAUGAAAAUCAAAGACCAAAAUAUAAAAAAUUAUUAGAACAUCCAUUUGUACAAAAAGCAAAAGAACCACAACAAGCAGAAAAUACAGCUGCUUAUUUAUCGCAAAUAAUUGAUGGACUUUCGGAAAAUACCGAUACAUUUGAACUUUAUUAUUAUUUACCUUCUAAUUCACCAGCAUCAUCGAGUUCUCGAUGA